AUAUUUGCUGCGACAUCGCCUGCUCUUCGUUCGUCAGAUCGGGCUACGCUCCCGAGAAAGGCAGAUAAGAGAGGUUUGCUUGCUUGAACUCUUAGCAUUUUUCGUUCAUAUUAAGCAUUAAUAAAUGUAGACCGAGAUGACGCUUAAAAAGAAAUGUAAAUCGGCCAAAUCAAAAAGUUUUAAGGGCGAUUUUUCACACGCAUAUAUAGAAGCUAAACCGCCAUUUUGUGCCGCACAAUAUUUUUUUGGCAAAUAGACACUAGAUGGCAGGGUCUAAACGGUAUCGUCCUCUUGCGUCUUGCAGAUUUCGCUAUGGAAAAUAAUGCACCCACCACCCCAUCUAUCGUUGGUGGUCAAAAUUCCCUGACAUUUGAACCCGAACCCAAAUUGACAGAAGAAUUGAUAAAAGCUGGAUGGACGGUUAACUUGAGCCAGCGGUUGAGUAAAUGGUACUUUUACAAUAAAUUCACUCAACAAAGUCUUUGGGAAAUGCCUAGUGCACAGGUACCAAAUUCUUUAACUGAUCCUCUGGGAAUCGGCUCUGGAGCCGGUCAAACAAUUGCAAAUGACAGGAGACGUCGUAGUUCCGACAAUUCGGGGCCUCUACCACCAAAAAGAUCAUUUUCUUUGAGGCAUUCAUGGAAUUUAGAAGUGGACACGAAUGUUUUUAUGUGGGAUAGACCUCAUUUUGAAUUAAAACCUCCACAUCCUGAGAUUGAGCGAAUGCGCUCAGACGCAGUAAAAAAACUUCGUAUCAUCUAUGAUGACUUAUGCCAUAGCAAAGAGGGAAUAGAAGCCCCAACGGAAUCUUUUAAUCGUUGGCUGUUAGAAAGGAAACUAGUUGACGAAGGAGAUGAUCCACUCUUACCCAGCAAAUGUGAUAAUCCAAUAUCACCAUCGUUAAAAAGAGAAGUUAUGAAUGAUAUACCUAUUGCUUUGGUAAAGCCAAAAUAUACGAGUGAUGUCAAGAGACAAUUGUAUAGAUAUGCGGAAGCAGCUAAGCGGAUGGUUGAUCUAAGGCCCAAUGCCAGUCCUAAUUGUCGUAAAUUAAUAAAGUGGAAGGUUGAUGAAACUUUUACUUACUUAAGAACUCACCAACAUGCCUCCUUUGACGAUUAUUUAGAACGGCUGGGCCAUUUAAAACGUUUUUGUCAUAAAGAGUUACGGGUAGUUGCUAAUGAUUCGAUCGAUAGUAUUUGUCGAACUUUAUACGAAAAAUCUUCCGAGGCAGCCAAAGAAAUCCAUGAAAAACAUAUGAGUAUUUUAAAAGCAGCCGGAGUAAAUCCACCUUUUACGCCUCCUGUGCCUGAACGAAAGAAGGUGUAUUGUUACCCUGCUUUGCUAUCGGUACCAUGUCCAAGAAUGCCCAGCAUAAUACGAAAUGAUGAAGAGCAAAGUGUGAAGCUAACCCAUAAAGGCGAUACGCGUAUUAUAUCUCUGCCUUACUUUGAAAAGCUGGAACGCCUUUAUACUGUCAAUUGCAAAGAUGAUGAUAAAAAGGAGCACUUUUUAGCUCGAGUUUGGUGCUUACUUCGGAGAUACAGUGGUUAUUACGGAUUAGGUCAAGCAGAGGGAGCAGGGUUACAAGGAGCUUUACCCGUGAAAGUGUUUGAAUGUCUACAUCGAUGUUUCAACGUAACCUUCGAAUGCUUUGCAUCACCUUUGAAUUGCUACUUCAAGCAAUUUUGCUCUGCAUUUGCUGAUACCGAUGGAUACUUCGGCUCAAGAGGAAAUAUUUUAGAUUUUAAACCUAUACAUGGAUCUUUUGAAGCGAAUCCACCAUUUAGUGAGGAGUUAAUGGUGGCUAUGAUUGAUCAUUUUGAAGCUUUAUUAGAAGAGAGUAAUGAAGCACUAUCUUUCAUCGUGUUUGUCCCUGAAUGGAGAGAUCCUCCCACAGAAGCAUUGCUAAGGAUGGAAAGCAGCAAAUUUAAGAGAAAACAAAUGAGUAUACCAGCUAUGCAACAUGAAUAUCGCCACGGCUUUCAGCAUAUUGUUCCAAAGGAUGAAGUUAAUAAGAAAUCAGCUCACGCAACUUUAAUAGUUUUUCUUCAGAAUGAUCGAGGAUACAAUACAUGGACGCCUACACCUGAAAAAAUCAAAGAACUGCAGACUGCGUAUAUACCGCAAGAUUUCUCUGACACUUUCGGACAAUCUUGA